CAAGAGAAAACCACUGACAUCUUAAUCAAGGAAGCCCCAAAAGCUGAAGGAAUCAAGCCGCUUCCUUGGCAGGAAAAUAUUGCAAUUCCAAGUUGGCAGGCCAAGCAGGAGGCAUGUGUGCAAGCCGCAGUGGGACUCCGAUGCGCAGCAGGCUCAGGGAAGCAGGAGAGUUUCCAGGUUGUGAAUGAAGACUCCAGCCGGCUGAUUUUCAUAGAUAAGGCAGACAAGGGCAUUCAGGAGGGCUGCUUAACGUUCGACGGCAUCUUUAGUCUGGACACGGGGCAGGAUGAGGUGUUCUCGGAGCUGGUGAGACCCCUGCUGGCCAUGGUGCCCCUUGGUUACAGUGUGUCCCUGCUGCUGUGGGAGGCCCAUCACGCUGGGACCGAGCCGCAGCCUCAGGGCACUGAGCAGCACCAUAGCAUUAUCCAGCAGGUGAUAGAAACCUUCUUCCAGGAGCCCAAGCCCCCAGGGGAUGGCGGGGAGCAUCUGCAAACUGUCAGCUUUGUCCAGCUUUGUGCAGAUGGAAACGCCUGGGACCUGCUCACCCACAGAAAUCAAGCCCUGCAUGUGCUGGAUGUCCCCCCGCUGGGUCUGAUGGUGGAAGAGGCAAGUGAAAUUGUUGUGUCCAACUCUACAGCUGCCUACAACUUGUAUGUGAGGGGGCUGGAGAACAGUCCAGCACUGUCCCAAGGGUGUUUGCAGCAAUCCCAGAGGGAGCAGCAUGCAGACACAUGUGCCAGCCUGUUCACCCUCACCAUGGAGCAGGAGCUGGAGGGCUGCAGGUGCCAGCGCUCGGCCGUCAGGAUUUUGGAGUUCCCCCGAGGGGCCGGGCCCUGUGUGGAGCCUUUCUCACCCUUGCUCCGAGCUCUGGCUCCUGGUGAGCUCCUGGACGAUGCAGGAUUCCUCCCCUGGAUUCUCAAGCAGAUGCUAGAAGGAAACAACCUCACGUUCCUGCUGCUGUGUUUGACCCUGCCAGAUGCCUCUGGAGAAGAGAUCCUGUCAGCCCUUUCAUUGGCUGAGCAGGUGAGGGGACUGACCAAGAAGGUCUCACCAACCCACUGGGAUCCUGCCAAAGCAGUUUGGAGGCAGAGGGCAGAGAUCCGAGAGCUGAGGGCCCAGCUCCUCUCCAGCAGCAGCCGAACAGUGCAGGAGAGUGUGAUCAGCCAGCUGAGGAGAGUGCUGAGGGACCUGCAGGUGCUGAAGAACCAGAGCUGGGAGAAAAAGAAAGAGACGUCAGAGGCUUUUGAAGGAAGUGGGAGCCGUCAUCCUGAAGCCAAGGGUCGAAUCCCAUUGUGGCCGGGCAGGGAUGAGCAGAUUACAAACCAGGUGCUGAUAGAUACAUUGAGAAGCCAAGAGUUCCUGGACAGAGGGUUUGUUCCCCUCUGUAAUGACAAAGGAGGCGAAGCUGCCACAAGUAGCCCUGAAUGGUUUGGCCAAAUCUCCCCGAGCAUGGGUGCAAUGACAGGGGAGAAGCCUUUGCAAAGUGGAGCCAGCAGAACACAGGAACCAACCUGCACUGCUAGUGUGACCGGCGUGGUGGGGAGCUGGGCCUCUCAGCAGCACCCAGCCCUGGAGCUGCAGUUUGCUGUGGCCAAGGCCAGGAGGCAGCGUCUGCGGGAGCAGCACCAGCAGCUCAUCAAGCAGGAACUGCUGAAACUGGAGGAGGAGCUAGCAGGGAACCAGGAGCUCCCUCCUGCCCAGCGGGACGCACGGUGCUGGCCCAAGGAGAAGGCGGUGCUGGCCCUGCAGCUCGAAGCACUGCGGAGGGAAUGGGCCGAGGCAGAGGAGGACCUGGAGGCGCUGUACCAGCAGCACAGACUGGAAAUGGAGGCUCAGAAACAACAUGUGCUACAGGUGUUUCGGGCCUAUCGGGGCCUCUCAGAGGAGCAGACUGAUGCGCUGGAUCGACGGUACCGGAAGCUGCUACAGGAGGCCCUCCAGGAUGCCAUCUCCCUGUCUGCGCAGAAUCAGCAGCUCCGUGCACACAGGCAACUGGCCUGCAUUGAGCGCGCCUCGCAGACAGACCCACACUCCUGAGCAGUGAGCUGUGCUGUGCCAGAGCGCUCUGCCUCCACCCCUGGGGGAGUGGACGUUGGAGGGUUGCGGGGGAGGAGGGGGUGAUGCCUGCCAAUCAUUCCAGGGAGGAGAUGCAGUGUGGGUAACUCCGGGGCCAGCCUUUCUUACAGCGCCAAGCAGGUGUUCUGGUGUUUUAGCAGGUCUCUGAGCAGCUGGGAAGCUCUUUACCUGCACCUGCUGCAUUGGGGAGCUGCCUGUGUGCAAUGGCAGACUGGCCCUGAGAGAUUAUAAGGGGACUGAGCAGGCAACACGUGAGCACAUUGCUAGCUCAAUACAGCACCUUCCCCUCACCCCAACCGGGCUGGGAGAGAGCAGAGCGUCAGCAAACGUAGCUUUAUAAAGCUACAACUCCCAUCAGCUUCUAAGCCCUCAGUGGGAAGUGCGCUGUGACCCUGUUCCCAACUCCUUUCCACAGCAAUGGGGCAAGACGUAACAGGGGCUUGGAGCCCAGUGCAGAACUUGGCAGCUGCUCCCAACUGCUAGGGGUGAGAUACCCACUGAGGUCCAGCUUCACAUGUCCAGAAAUCACACACAGCAGAAGCAGCUGCACAAGUCAGCAAGAAACCUGGCCCUGGCUCCAGCCCAAGGGCUGUCAGGAGCUGUUAAAGGACACAGUGCAGUGUUCAGAGUCCAGCCACAGUUCCUCUGGACCUAAGGAAUGUCUCCCUGCAGCAGAGGCCAAUACACCCCCCUGGGACCUGGCGUUAGGCAUCUGAGGGAGGGACUGACAUGCAGGGCUGUUAAGCCCCCAGCUCCCACAGCCUUUCAUCAGAGCAGAGGCCCUGGCACUGCCACACACCCUGCCACUCCAGGAAGUGUCCCAAUCUGGAGUUAAGGGACUAGCUGAAGGCUCUCGAAGUAGACCAUUUAGGCCACACUCUCUAUUAGAGCCUCAAUCCCCUCACCCCCAUGUGUGAGAACUAGCCCCAUUACCCUUGCUGAUCUUGACGCACGUGCAGCCCGCCUGGCCUAGGCCUUGAGAGCAGCCAUACACCCUGUUCAUUUAGGAUGCUGCAAAAGAUGCUCCUGGUCCACUGAAACAGGCUUAUCCUGAGCGUCCACCACAGCCCAGCCAUUCACUGCUGGCCUGGACCGACCCCCAGGCAGGAGUCCCCGUUACAGCCUGGGGUAAGGCUGCCAUGUAGGCAGCAGUUAAGUGGCUUGAAGCCUCGACCAUUGCAGGGCUCUGCCCCAGUUAGGUCCCAGCCACACUACAGCAUUUAACUGCAGUGUAAAUGAAUCCCCCAGUUCAUUCCAGGGGGAUGGGCAACCUGAUCACAGCCUAUACAGACAGCACUACAGACAGCACCUUAAGCUCAGGCCCUUCCCUCAGCAGGAGGGCUUACUGCACCUUCCAUAUGCAUCCUGCACCUACAGUGCCAACAGCAAGUGGAGCCUUCUCCCCUCUCCCCGGAAAGGUUUGGGAGGGGAUAAAGUGCUUUACCUAUGGGGCAGGGUGCCUAGCAAACAUAUGGGUGGCUUGUUUUUCUCAACGGUUUAUUCCCCCAUUGAAUUCAGCCAACAAGGAGGGAGAGACAUACAGAGCUUGCUGUGCAUACUACAGGGGACCCCAGGAAGAGCAUGAGCAGGCAGACGCAGGCAUUUGGGAGCAGUUCCAUGGGUAGUCACUGUCAGUGGACCCAGACAGGGUUCUGCUAAGCUGUCCAGAGCAAGGGCUAGCUCUGCACCACAGGGGAAAGGCUGAACAAAGGCCCACUGCCUCUUUCCAGGGGCCUAGGGCUGGCACCAGUGUGGGGAAUUGUGCUUCUGUGGGACUGGCAAGCACUGCUGAAAUACUGUGGGAAAUGAACUGCAUGAGACAACUGGACCAGGAACCCAGGGCAGGUUUCUCAUUCCCUCAGGCUGCUGCCAGCUGAAAUAAGCCACUGAGAUUCUCAAUAAACAGUGUAUUCACACGUU